AACUGCCCCAGAAAGGAUCUAUUCCUCUUUCUGAGAACCAUGAAUUUGGAAUUCAGCACUUGGAAAUGUGACCUAGCAAAAGACACGUGGGCAAGAGCUAUGCUUUUCCAUUUCACCAAGGAGAGCCAGAGGCGUGCCAAGGAGUUGGGGGCCUCAAGUCAGGAAGCAGAACAGCAAUACUGUCUCUUGACCUGCUGCAUCCCACUGAUGAAGGCCAGGGCUUUCAUGAGUCCAGGUCUUUGAAGUCACACCACGAAGCUCUUGCAUCAUGACACACAGCAUGGAAGAGGAGUCCUGACUUAGCGAGAAGCCCAAGUAAAGUCUUUUAUGAGGGAAGAGACUCUUCUGAAGAAACACAACAAAUGUAGGGAAGGGCUUUUGACAAUCACCAAAUGAGCAAAAAAAAAAAAAAAAAAAAAAAAGGGGGGGGUUGCCUUACGUGGCCACACCCUCCACGGACGAGGUAUAAAUGCUCCCCGGAGGAAGGAGACCCACUGAUCUACAACUUGGAGGUUCUGGACUCUGUCUUCAGCUGGGCACUCCCUCCCUGCACCAUGUCUUACAGUUGUUGCCUGCCCAGCCUGAGCUGCCGCACCAGCUGCUCCUCCCGGCCCUGCGUGCCCCCCAGCUGCCACGGCUGCACCCUACCUGGGGCCUGCAACAUCCCCGCCAAUGUGGGCAACUGCAACUGGUUCUGCGAGGGCUCCUUCAAUGGCAGCGAGAAGGAGACCAUGCAGUUCCUGAACGACCGCCUGGCCAGCUACCUGGAGAAGGUGCGUCAGCUGGAGCGGGACAACGCGGAGCUGGAGAACCUCAUCCGGGAGCGGUCGCAGCAGCAGGAGCCCUUGGUGUGUGCCAGCUACCAGUCCUACUUCAAGACCAUCGAGGAGCUCCAGCAGAAGAUCCUGUGCAGCAAGUCUGAGAAUGCCAGGCUUGUGGUGCAGAUCGACAACGCCAAGCUGGCCUCCGACGACUUCAGGACCAAAUAUGAGACCGAGAUGUCCCUGCGGCAGCUGGUGGAGUCGGACAUCAAUGGCCUGCGCAGGAUCCUGGAUGAGCUGACCCUGUGCAGGUCUGACCUGGAGGCCCAGGUGGAGUCCCUGAAGGAGGAGCUGCUGUGCCUCAAGCAGAACCAUGAGCAGGAGGUCAACACCCUGCGCUGCCAGCUUGGAGACCGCCUCAACGUGGAGGUGGAUGCUGCCCCUGCUGUGGACCUGAACCAGGUCCUGAACGAGACCAGGAGUCAAUAUGAGGCCCUGGUGGAAACCAACCGCAGGGAAGUGGAGCAAUGGUUCGCCACGCAGACUGAGGAGCUGAACAAGCAGGUGGUAUCCAGCGCAGAGCAGCUGCAGUCCUACCAGGCGGAGAUCAUCGAGCUGAGACGCACGGUCAAUGCCCUGGAGAUCGAGCUGCAGGCCCAGCACAACCUGCGAGACUCUCUGGAAAACACGCUGACGGAGAGUGAGGCCCGCUACAGCUCCCAGCUGUCCCAGGUGCAGAGCCUGAUCACCAACGUGGAGUCCCAGCUGGCGGAGAUCCGCUGUGACCUGGAGCGGCAGAACCAGGAGUACCAGGUGCUGCUGGACGUGCGUGCCCGGCUGGAGUGUGAGAUCAACACGUACCGGAGCCUCCUGGAGAGUGAGGACUGCAAGCUCCCCUCCAACCCCUGCGCCACAACAAAUGCAUGUGACAAGUCCAUUGGGCCCUGUAUCUCUAAUCCCUGUGGCCCACGUGCUCGGUGCGGGCCUUGCAACACUUUUGGGUGCUAGAGGCCCCAUGACCGGGAGGAGAAGAAA